AUGUUCGGAGAAAUUGAAACUCCAGUAUUACAUCCGUCUCAUAUCGCUGGUUCGUGUCCCUGGAAAGGUUCUCUGCAUCAUAAACAAUUAUUGCUAGGGAUCAACAAUUUGUCAACCUUAAUAGUCGUUACGAGGGAUAGGGAUGGCGGCAUUAUCUUGUCUUUGAAGAUUUUGGUUUCUGCUGGUGCUAAACAGGUUGGAACUGCUCAGGCCGGCAUUGAAGAUUUCUUUGUUAAUGAAUUGGGCAACGUUGAAGAAUCAUCUUUUUUGAAAUAUUUGGAAAAGGUUGAAGAUAUUGGAUUGACCGAGAAUAGGACUUUCAUCGGAACCGCUCAUCAAAUGGGCACUUGUCGAAUGGGAGACCAUCCUUUGAAUUCGGUGGCGGACCCUCAUGGUAAAGUUUGGCGAAUCUAA